UGCACGUGCAGUAGAGAAAAGCGGCUCGGUAGUGUGUUCCGGUGUUAGUGUGCCGUGGUGUGCUGCCUCGCGAAAAGAGACGAACGUCGUUUCAGUUCGGAGCGACUUUCCGAAAAGUGUGUGUGCGUGUUACUGCGAGGAUCGGAACAGAACGUGCCAGUGCCGGGUGAGUUGAUAGUCGCGUAAAAAUUCGGGAAGAAUCGUCAAAGAAAGAUGACACUGGGCGCACAAAUCGAGGCCUCCGCGGAAAACGGGAGCACCAAAAUCUCACUGCUGAACGGUGACGAGGAUCGAACAGCUACUGAUUUGAAGCAGAACAUAGAAGAGCCUGGAAGUACGAGCAUGACUACGAAAACUGUGGUAGAAAAAGGUGAAGUAGAAGCGACGAAAGAAGAAGGAAACGAGAAAGCAAAAGAGAAGGAAAAGGAGAAGGAGAAUGAAAGUGAAAAAGACAAGAAGAAUGAUAAAAGUGAGAAAGUAGCGGAUGGCGACAAAGAGAAAGAUGCUGGGAACGAGCAAGAAGUUGUUUUCAUUCAAGACAUGGGAUUUACCGUUAAAAUUGUCAGCCCUGGUGCGGAACCGUUCGACAUUCAGGUAUCCAGCAUGGAAUUGGUUCAGGAAAUCCAUCAGUUACUCAUGGACAGAGAGGAUACUUGCCAUCGCACCUGUUUCUCUCUUCAACUGGACGGCAAUACAUUGGACAAUUUCGCCGAGUUGAAGAACAUCGAAGGGUUGAAAGAAGGUUCGAUAAUUAAAGUAGUGGAGGAGCCGUACACGAUGCGAGAAGCCCGUAUACAUGUCCGACAUGUUCGAGAUUUAUUGAAGUCUGUAGACCCUGCAGACGCUUAUAACGGCGUCGAAUGUAGCAGCUUGUCGUUCCUGAACGUCGUUACUAACGGUGACAUCCUUGAGAAAAAGAAGAGCAGGGCAGACUCGGUUGACUGUACUCCACCAGAUUACAUUAUACCCGGUUGUAAAGACAGGCCUUUGUUACCCCUUCAACCGCAAGCCAAAGAACAAAAGUGUCCUCCGUGUUUGAAAGUUCUAACAACGUCCGGGUGGAACCCUCCACCGGGUCAUAGAAAGCUUCACGGUGAUUUGUUAUAUUUACAUGUGGUAACGCUAGAAGACAAGCAGUAUUAUCUGACUGCCUGUGCAAGGGGAUUCUUUGUUAAUCAGUCGACAAAAGAAAUGUUUAAUCCAAAACCAGCGACCCCAAGCCAUUUGUGUCACAGCUUAAUUGAACUACUGAACCAACUUAGUCCGGCAUUUAAACGGGGUUUUGCUUCCAUGCAAAGAAGGAGAACGCAAAGGCAUCCGUUUGAAAGAGUUGCCACGCCUUAUCAGCUGUACGCAUGGAGCGCGCCGCAAAUAGAACAUACAAUCGAUGCAAUACGCGCCGAGGACACUUUCUCUUCCAAGUUGGGCUACGAAGAACACAUCCCCGGACAAACUAGAGACUGGAACGAAGAGCUGCAGACGACGAGAGAGUUACCCCGCAAAAACUUACCCGAAAGGUUGCUUAGAGAACGUGCUAUUUUCAAAGUUCACAGUGAUUUCGUCGCCGCUGCGACUCGCGGCGCGGUAGCUGUGAUAGAUGGUAACGUAAUGGCGAUAAAUCCUGGAGAGGAGGCGAAAAUGCAGAUGUUCAUAUGGAAUAAUAUAUUCUUCUCUCUUGGAUUCGAUGUAAGGGAUCAUUAUAAAGAGCUGGGCGGUGAUGCUGCCGCUUUUGUUGCACCUCGCAAUGAUUUACAAGGUGUCAGGGUGUACGCAGCAGUUGAUUUGCCCGGCCUUUACACACUCGGCACGGUUGUGAUCGACUAUAGAGGGUAUCGUGUCACCGCACAAUCUAUCAUCCCAGGAAUUUUGGAACGCGAACAAGAGCAGUCGGUAGUUUAUGGUUCUAUAGAUUUUGGAAAAACGGUUCUCACUCAUCCCAAGUACCUCGAGUUGUUAAACAAAGCCGGUCAUCAAUUGAAAAUUCUUCCCCACAAAGUUGUCAACGACGCUGGAGAGGAAGUCGAACUUUGCAGUAGCGUAGAAUGCAAGGGUAUCAUCGGGAACGAUUCUCGACACUACGUGCUGGAUUUAUUGAGAACGUUCCCUCCCGAUGUUAAUUUUUUGAAAUUGGAAUGCGUGGAGCUGAGCAAAGAAGCUAGAGCACUGGGUUUCCCAAUUGAACAUAAGCAUAGAUUGGCUUGCCUUCGUCAGGAAUUAAUCGACUCUUUCGUGGAGGCCAGAUACGUUCAAUUCAUUAAACAUGCCGCCGUUCACCUUCAACAACUCACAUCUGCUAGAAGGGUGCAAAAAGAGAAGGAACCCGUUGCUAAGGAGGAUAAGAAAGAGGAGUCGAAUGCCGUUACAGUGGAUAGCAACAAAGAGGAUUCGACCCAAUCGCUUAUGGAAGCGGACGAAGCCAAAAAAAUUGUGGAAAGUAUUACCGACUCCAUUACUGGAGGAGAGAAGCAAGAAUUGGAAGAAAGCACGAAAGAAAUAGUACGCAGAGCGGCGGCAACGGUUGGUAGCUUGCGAGAAGCCGAGUUCGACGUCAGAUUUAAUCCGGACGUAUUUUCUCCGGGCGUGAAACACCCGGAUUCGAAUGGUCCUGGGUUAAAGAAACAGAAGCAGUUGGUGCAGGACGCCGCUGACUUUUUAUUGACUGUACAGAUUCCUACAUUUAUUCGAGAAUGUUUGGAUCAUACGGCUGCAGCAAUGGAUGGGAAUACCCUGGUGGAGGCUUUACAUGGCAGAGGUAUAAAUGUGCGUUACCUCGGUAAACUAGCUGCCAUGUUAGCUGCGGUACCACAGCUGCAGUAUCUUAACCGUAUUGCUGUUUCGGAACUGCUUUUGCGCUCUGCUAAACACAUUUUUACAUUUUACAUGCAGGGUACAGAAUUAAUGAGUCUUUCGGCCUCGAUUAGCCACUUCUUGAACUGUUUAUUGUCCUCUGCACAAAUCAUUCAUCCGCAGCAAAAUCUCGAAGAGCUUCAAAGUAAGACCGCAAAGCGGCGCAAUAAAAGGAAAGGUAGAAACAACGGUCCCCAACAGUCCGAGGUGGAAUGGGCUUCCCUGACGCCUAAAUCUCUCUGGCAGCAAAUUAAGGCCGAUCUGAAAAGCUACUACGACUGGGAAACACCGUGCCCGGAAUCGCUGGACACCACGAUAGAUCAUUUUCACCUUCAGAAGAUAUCGUUGCUUCGCGGCUUUUGCAUAAAGACUGGUAUACAAAUAUUAUUGCGCGAAUAUAACUUUGAGAACAAAAACAGAGCCACGUUCUUCGAAGAAGAUAUACUUAAUAUAUUCCCUGUUGUGAAGCAUAUCAAUCCUAGGGCUAGCGACGCGUACAAUUUUUAUACGACUGGUCAAAGCAAGAUCCAACAAGGAUACUUGAAAGAUGGUUACGAAUUGAUCAGCGAGGCACUGAAUCUCCUAAAUAACGUGUACGGAGCCAUGCAUCCAGAAAUUGCACAGUGUCUGAGAAUGCUCGCUCGACUGAACUACAUAAUGGGUGACCAUGGAGAAGCUCUUGCUACUCAACAGAAAGCAGUACUAAUGUCGGAAAGAGUUAAUGGAAUCGAUCAUCCGUACACCAUCACCGAAUACAUCCAUCUUGCACUGUACUCUUUCGCGAACGGUCAAGUUUCUGUUUCGCUGAGGUUACUGUACAGAGCACGUUACCUAGCCUUAUUAGUUUGCAGCGAAGAUCAUCCCGAAGUAGCGCUGCUCGAUAGCAAUAUCUCGUUGAUACUCCAUGCUGUCGGAGAAUACGAACUGUCGCUUCGCUUUUUGGAGCACGCGUUGGCAUUGAAUCUUCGGUACCAUGGUCCACGGUCCCUGAAAGUCGCUGUGUCGUAUCAUUUGGUCGCGAGAACUCAGUCGUGCAUGGGCGAUUUUCGCGCUGCUCUGAACAACGAGAAAGAGACUUACGCCAUAUACAAACAACAGUUGGGCGAGGAUCACGAGAAAACCAAAGAGAGCAGCGACUGCUUGAGGCACCUGACGCAGCAGGCGGUUGUUUUGCAGAAAAAGAUGAAUGAAAUUUAUACGGGAAAGUCGGGUGUUAGUUUACCGCCGAUUCAGGUGCAGCCGCCCAGCAUGGGCUCGGUACUCGAUAUGCUGAACGUGAUCAACGGCAUCCUAUUUGUUCAAAUCAGCCAGCAGGAUAUCGAAAAUUUUAAAGCGGAGAUUGAGAAAAGGCAGAAGGAACAGACCCCCGACGGGGAGACGAAAGCUAUUCAGAACGAGAACAAGAAAAACGAGAAAGAGUACAAGAAGGAAGAGAAAGAGAAUAAGAAGAACGAGAAAGAGGGCAAAAAGGAAGACAAAGAGAACAAGAAAGAGGAGAAGGAGAACAAGAAAAUGGAGAAGAUCGAAGCGGUGCAGCAAGUUGAAUCGAAGAAGUUGGAGGAGAACAACGCUACGUUAGAACCGGUAGUUGCAGAGAGUUGAGCUCGUUUUAACACGCCUACGACGAUACUUAGUAGUUUUUUCUCAGAGUCCUAGUUUUUCUCUGCCCGCGUCCAGUCUUCUUAAGAGCAACGCGAGCACGGGAUGCAAAAUUACGUGGGAUAAAAUGGCAUUGUUUGCUUGAUCGUGCGCGGCCCGAGUAACGUUCACUGUGUACUGCAUAACAGCAUAUAACAUGCUGCUGCCAAACAUGAUCCCUUCCAUGGUGCAUCGAUGUUAAGCAAAGUUUUCUGAGAACCAUUUAAUAUUUGAUCGCUCGCGGUUCUCGAUUUUACGUCAGCCGCAGAAUUUCUUUGACUGAUAAUUUACGACUGCAUAGAAAAGCUGGAAUACCAAUUAUCGUUUGUGUAAAUAAUUCGAAACAGCAAAAAACAAGCGAUUUCUAUGAACCGCGACGGUUCAGUUGGCUUACAAAUUUCAAUGAAUUUACCAUGAAUUCGCAUGGUGUGACGGACUUGAUUUCUCGAAGGCUCAAUUAAUCGUACUUCGUGACAACAAAGGCUAACGGUAUUACCCAUCGCGUUACUCUUCUACUAAUCGACGAAAUAAUCAUUAGUAUCAGCUCGAACGUACUACACAAAUGUUGCUAAACUCAAAGCGAAACGCGAGGUACCGAAAAGAAUCAAACGGUACAACGAUUUCUAUAAAACAAAUUAAUAGACGUUUAUUAUCAUAGAAUGUAAGUCGAUCGUUUUCUUUUUUUCUUUUUUUGUACGCGUUUUCGAUAGUCUAUUUUAUUAGCACAUAUUUGAGAUCACUGUUUUGUGCCAUUUAGACAUCGCUGUCAUUUUCCCAUUCUAGUUGCCAUCGAUCGAUCUAGUUGCGAACGUAGCUAGGAACUUGUUGGCCUCGACGCAAAUACAUGGAUACAUAUCUUUGACAAAUUUUCACCGAUUGGAAAUAGCUUACAAAAAUCUUUUAAAUCAAUGGGAGGCUUGCGAAAAGUACGAGUAUUUGUAUUGCAUUCGACAAGAGCAGUUUAUUAUUUGUUAGUGUCUCGUCGCUUACAUUACAUCGUAAAACCUUGUUCCACAUUCUUUCGUUUUCUUCCAUUUUCUUCCGUUUUCUUCCAUUUUCUUCCACUUUGCUUCGACACAGAAAGAAUCUGAAAGGAAUUGUGUAUCGAGUUUUUAAAAUAUUUUCUCUCCAGUUGGUAAUAAAAGAUAUCAUUUCUAAAGAAACUAUUGGUGGCAGCAGGGCCAUGGUACAAUGACAGAUGAAUGCAUUGUUACAUUCAUGAUCGUUGAUAAAAAGUUAUUGGAACCAGCUCAUUAGUCAUGUUAUUAUAAAAGUAGCGUCAAUUUACUAUUAACUACUCUGUAGGUGCCGCAGUUAGUACUAGAAUUCUAAGAAGAAAAAUCAACUGUUAUUUGAAUGUUAAUCUACAAUUUCUGUUCUUGAAUCAUGUCAAUGGGCAUCCAUUGGGAGAACGGGUGUGACGGAUAACGUCUCGUGUUCAAAUUUUGUUACGAAUAAAGUCAAAUUCAGUUGGGAUAAAAUUGUUUUAACUUUGAAGGAGACACUAUUUUGUCUUUUAUAUAUCGGUUACAUUUUUAAGAACAACAAAAGACGGAUGAGUGGAAAUGCCGUGUAGUUUCUGUUUAAACUAUUCGUAUACCUUAUAACAUGGAACAUUAUAUUGCGAUUGUUAGUCAAAAUGUAUGAUAAAAAAUGCUAGUAAUAAGAACUAUUGAUUAUAAAUAAAGUUAAAUACUUGAUUUACAUAUACUACCUGUGAAAAGUAACUUCGUCGAGUCGAUGCGUCAAAUAAAUCAUUUUAUAAAGAA